AUGCUUAGAUCCAUCACUACCAGUUCAAUCAAACAGGGCCAACGGGUUUCUGCCAAGGCAUUCCAGCAUCAACCUCCAGGUCCUGGCCAUCAUAAGCCUCAACGUUUUUUCAGCAGCAUGGUUGAACAGCAGCAACAGUCCCAACAACAACAACAACAACCACAGCAGUCUCGCUCUUCUGGCUCUGCCAAAUUUUUCUCCACCGUUCAACCUUCUUCUAUGGCAAGUAAUGGUUACGCUGGCGUUGCACCUAACAAUGAGGCUGGAACCUCAUCGGCUGUGACAAAUCUCGCUUCUUCCGAUCAUUUAGAUCCAAACUACUACAAGUUGAUCCGUGACUUUGAUCAGUGCCUUGGUGAAAAUUCCACAUACGAUUUGGCUACUGGCCGUAUCUCUGGCGGUGUUGAUAAGUUCUGGACUGCAGUGCGUCGCAUUAUCCCUAUUUAUCGGAGUUUGGUUUAUUCCAAUCUUUUGAAAGAGAAGAGAAUGGCCGAAUUUGUCUCUUUGCUACGUAAUGGACUUAGAAUUCAUCGUUUAGAGUUGUCCAAGAUGAAAAAGAACUUGGACAAAGAUGCAAACAAUCCUAUCAAGGAUAUCCAUCAUCUACUCACCUGUGCUAUUCGCGAGGUGUCAUAUAACUUAUUGGAUGGGUUGGUUGUCAUGAAUUCCCACGGCUUAACCCAUCUUUUCAAGGCUUACAAAGACCUUGGUUUUACUUAUGAGGCUGUUCACAUCUGGGAAACAGGUAAGAAUAGUCGUAAAUUGCACCAUUUGUUUACUUCCGAGCCUGUAUUGGGCUCCAUUUUCCCCUUUUUGGUCGAGUCUGGAGAUUUCGAUUUCCAAGAAGUAUGGGAUAUGUACUCCCGUAUCAAGGCUUCUAAAGGUCCCGAUGAAAAGCUACAUAAUGAGUUGCAGGUUGGUAUGAUUAGGGUUUGUCUUUUCAAAAGUAAAACAAACGAUGCUCUACAAAUCUUCAAGCAGCUAACUGGUGAUGUUUAUUCUACUUUCAAUGCAAAAGGUGUCGACCCCCCAAUCAACGUCAAGAGUUAUAUGACAAUGGCUCAUCUUUCAUUCAUUGGGUUCUGCAAGGAUAUAGAUACUGCGGACUACUUUUUUUCGGAUGCAGUCUCUGAAUCAAUGCCUUAUUUGACUCCUUUACAGUUGAAUUUCAUUAAGAAAUAUUUGGCCAAUACUUGGCAGGUGACCCAUGAUUACCAACGUGUCAAGAAGAUAUGGCUGAUCACCUGGAAGCACUACGAGUCUCGUCGAACCUCCAAUUCUUCUGUGUCGUCCUCCUUGAACGAUUCAUUCCUUUCGGUGUUCUUUGACAAGUAUAGACAGUUCUCGCCCGAGGCAUUUGUUGAAUUACAACAGUUGAUUCAAGAUUACAAUCAGAUUAGACCAAUUGAUGAACCUUUUAUCAAUGUUCUUCUCUCCAAAUCCACGGGAUGGCACAACGCUGACGUAUUCCAGUACAUUCUUUCUAGUGCAAAUGAUGCUCCUCACUUCUCUAAAACCAACGUUUUCUACAGGUGCUGCCUAAAAGCUACUGGAUCUGUUGAAAUCACUUCUGAUAACAUCUUAUCGUUAUUUAGACAGUUACUGGCUAAUAAUGUGGCUUCUGGUAUGAAAUACAUUGCUCACGCUGACUGGGUUGCACUGAGAGAUGCCACGGUUAAUUCUCCGCAGCUCUUUUCGUUCUCAAACCCCGGAGAGAGAAUCGACUUGUACUUCAAACUAUGGAAGAUUUGCUCUCCAUUCUUCAUCUCGCUCGAGAACUUCAAAAACUACAUUUAUAAGGAUGUGAAAUUGAACUACAACUAUUCCCGAAUCUACCAGCAGAUGCCUAACAUUCGUUCCGACGAUAUCGAAAUCCCUGAAGUGAACCUUUUACGUAGAAACUCUGCCAUUGAGAGCUACAUUGGUUAUGCCUACUAA